AUGAUGGUCAACAAAAAGCAACUGACUAUCAGGUUUCAUGUUGAUGAUGUGCUAGCGAGCCACAUGGAACAAAGAGUUCUCGAGGAUUUCUUUACAUGGAUAAAUGAGAGAUACAGAGGACUAAAGGAAGUGACUUGCACAGGGGGACGAGUUCACACCUAUCUGGGAAUGACAUUGGAUUAUUCAAAGAAAGGAAAGUUGAAGAUUCGAAUGGACAAUUGUGUCCAAAGAAUGCUCGACGAGUUUUCUGUCAAGUUUAAAGAGGAUGACAAACAGGAAACACCUGCUGGCAAUGAUUUACUGGAGGUAGGAAAAGGAAAACUAUUGGAUAAAGAUCAACAGACCGAGUUUCACAGGUUUGUUGCAAACCAUUUGUUUUUGACCAAACAUGCGCGUCUGGAUAUGCAUCCGACGGUGGCAAUUUUGGCAUCACAAGUUCAAAAUCCAAAUCAGAGUGAUUGGCAUAAACUUGUGAGACUUAUGAGAUACAUGCACUCUACCAAGAAAUGGCAUCUCACGCUGAGCACUGACAACCUUCGUGUAAUGAAGUGGUAUGUUGAUGCGUCUUUUGCGGUUCACCCUGACUUCAAGAGUCACACAGGAGGAGUAAUGACCAUGGGUGGUGGAGCUAUGCGGCUAUGUCCAAGAAACAGAAGCUAA